AUGGAACAUGACGAGAGCGGGGUUUCGAACGAGGGUGAAUUGAGUGACGACAGGAAUAAGAAAACUAAAAGACCCAAAGACCCCAACGUGAUAUCCGUAGACUCAGGCAGCGAGGCAGACGACGAAGAUUUCAUACGUUCCCUUCUAUCCGUACAAUACCAGGCAAAUUUCAAACUGGAACCCGCUCCUGAAGAAACUUUUGACACCUACGACUGUAUAAACCAAAACUUUUACUGGUCACAAGACUUUACCACGUUCUCCGGAAGACAGGAAACUUAUACCUUCGUUCCUGGCUCCAAAAUAAGUACCCAAUCUCCAUAUGAGUUAUUCACAUCGAUAUGGGACAGGAAUAUUAUGCAGAAAAUCGCUGAUGAAACUAAUAAGUACGCUUGGCAAACUAUCACGCCUAAAUGUAAGACUGAAGGAGGGAUUCCAAACACUUCGAGAUUGUCGCGAUGGAAAGACACUACAGUUGAGGAGCUGUAUUUAUUCUUUGCUGUUCUGAUUUUCAUGCCGUUUUGUCAUAGAGAGAAGUUAGCUGAUUACUGGUCAACUGGCAGAUUAGAGAUGUCUAACUUCAGGUCGCUUAUGAGUCGAAAUAGAUUUCAGUUGUUACUAAGAUUCUUACAUUUUGUCGAUAACGAUACGCUUCUAGUUUCAAAAGUGACUGGAAAUGAGAAAAAAAUAGCGAAAAUUAAACCUAUUAUAGAUUAUUUAAAUAUGAAGUUUAACAAUCUUUACGUGCCUGGACAGUACUUGAGUUUGAAUGAAUCUUAUCCCUUAUGGAAAGGACAGUUCAAUUUGGAGAGAAGUAUUAAGAAUCGAGAACAGUUCGGGUUUAAAUCGCAUGAGCUUUACGAAGCUAGGACAGGUUAUUUAUUAAAGUUCCUUAUAGAUACUGGUAGAGUGAAUGAUGAGAGAGCGCACGCGAAAACUACCCUUAAACUCAUGCAGCAAUACUUAGACAGAGGGCUAACUGUAGCUAUGGAUGUCACUUACACACAAGUACCUUUAACGCGCUACUUAAAAACUAGAAGAACUGACGUCAUAGGCUUGAUAAAUAAAGAGAGGCCUCUCAUCCCAGAAGUAAUUAAAAAUAUAGACGAUAAAAGAUUACAAAAAGGAGAACUACUCUCCUGGCAAAGCGGAGAUAUCUCCAUCAUAUCCUGGAAAGACGCUGAACUAACCUCUAUAGUGUCUACGUACCACAAACCAGAUAUGGUAUUAGUCGCGCAGAAUAGCUUAAGCCAUAUGCUACCUAGAAUACCUUUAGCUCUCCAUGAUUAUAACAAAUGUAAUGUCGAUAAUAAAAAGAUGUCUUACACUAUGGAGCGAAAGAGAGGACUCAAAUGGUACAUUAAGAUUUUCCGCAGAUUAUUAAACUCCAGCAUUCUAAACGCGUAUGUUCUUUACCAGUCUAACUGUACUUCUAAGCCUAUAAGCCAUAGGAAUUUUCGCUACGAUCUAGCUGAAAACUUAGCAGUCCGUUAUGGGAUUACUAAAGUGACUACCCAGCCAGUUUCAAGAAGUAACGAAAUUCGUUUAGAUGGUAAGAACGAUCACUACCCGACGCACACAGAAAUGCCGACAGGUAAAAACAGGAGGAGCCGGCGACGAUGCCACCGUUGCCAAGCUCUUGGGCGUCGCAGCCAAGUGACUAUCAUGUGCUCCAAGUGCCAAGUGGGUCUGUGUGUCGGACAGUGUUGGAAGGAGUAUCAUACGCUUAAGCGCUUGAAUAAAGAUAAGCCUAAGAAAAAGGGGAAACUUCGCAGAUAAGUGGCUUUAUAUUUAAAAUGCUCACUACCCGGCAAAAAAUGGCGCCGCGUGUAUGACUUAGAACCCGCUCAGCGGGCUCUCCGGCAUUUGAGCAAAGUUCACGAGUGCCCGCUAGGCGGGUUCUUGGUGUCGAACGUAUUGAAAUGUAAACCCUUUAGCCACAAAGACCUGUAGCGUGGUCUCAGGUGUGUCAUCUUCGUGCAUGCUGACAAGGUUAACAGUGUUCACUACUAGACAAAGAAUGGCGCACUACGUCAGAAAACCAGCGGGAUCUCCGGCACCUGAGCAAAGUUUACGAGUGCCCACAAGGCGGGUUCUUUGUUGCGAACAUGUUAAGGAUAACGCCGACGUGUCGUUUAAAGGGUUAAUGACAUAAUGAAUCAUCUCCACUUAAAAAAUCACGUCAAUUCGUCGCUCCGUUUUGCCGUGAAAGACGGACAAACAGACACACACACAUUCCCAUUUAUAAUAUUAGUACCUAUAGAUUAAAAAAAAAUCGUUAGAAUCUAAUUAUGUAGAUACGUAUACAUUCCAAAUAAAUAAGUCUAUCGUAUAA